AUGACGACUUCAACUAGAAAAUACUACUUUCUUCCCAGUGAAACAGAUAAAAUCAAACAUUCCAUCGCUGGAGCUGUUGCAGGAUGUGUUAGUUCGAUUGUCACAUGCCCCUUAGAUGUAGUAAAAACUAGGCUGCAGAAUCAAGGCAGAUAUUCAAACGAUUGUAGGGUUCCUUUGUAUAAUGGCACCGGAGGGACCUUAAAGCGUAUAUGGACAGAAGAAGGAAUACGUGGAUUAUACCGUGGUCUUGGGCCGACACUGUACGGCUACUUACCCACGUGGGCUAUUUAUUUCAGUGCAUACGACUAUUUCAAGUCGACCUUGGCAGAACGAGCAGGGCAAACCUCGGGUCAACAAUGGAUAGUUCAUAUAAUCGCGGCUAUGGGCGCAGGUGCCUCGAGUACUGUAGUCACUAAUCCAUUGUGGGUGAUAAAAACACGGUUCAUGACGCAAAACGAAACAACAGCAUACAAGUAUAGAAAUACAUUGGAUGCAUUCGCUACUAUUUAUAGAAGCGAAGGGAUGAGAGGAUUUUAUAAGGGCCUGGGCCCUUCUCUGAUGGGCGUGAGCCACGUGGCUGUACAAUUCCCGUUAUAUGAGAAAAUGAAAACAUGGCUAAAGCCACCGGAUAAGGAUCAUCUGUCCAACGUCUCAAUCUUACUUGCAUCGUCCGUCUCGAAGAUGGCAGCAUCGAUUGCAACGUAUCCACAUGAAGUUGUACGUACGAGAUUACAAAAUCAGACUCGUAAGCCAUUCAAAUAUCAAGGGGUAUUUCACGCAGUCAAGGUAAUAGAAAAAGAGGAAGGGUGGACGGCUUUUUAUAAAGGGAUGUCAACUAAUUUGUUAAGGACUGUACCGGCAAGCGCAUUAACGAUUUUAACCUAUGAGAUUUUGGUUAGAAGAUUAAAUGCAAAUAUCAGCAAAGGAGAUAAUCGGAGGGAUUCGGACUUUUUGAAUCAUCCCAAGGGAUGGAAUUUACCUAAAAAUCACUUGAACACUGUUGUUACACCACCUCCACCACAUUACCAGUUAUAUGCCGAUCAUUUUCGAGUGAAAUUAUGGAAUUAUGUCUUGAACGCUUGCAAUAUGUAUCGAAAUUCACCUAACAAUAAUUAUUACAAUUCCAACGGUAAUAAUCGCUAUCAUAAUGGCAAUGGCAACAAUCGCCGUUCUAGUGGCAACGGCAACAGUCGUCAUUACAAUAAUAACGGCAACAAUCGAAAUUACAACGGCAAUGGCAACUAUAAACAAAAUGGCCACGACCGUUUACUUCCUCCUAUCAAUUACAGAAAUUUUUCUGAACUUACCCUCAGAGUUUCAAACAUCUCUUUAAGAACACCCGUCCUAGAAUUGCGUCAAUUUUUUGACAUGUACGGCGACGUUUUUAAAAUCCAAAUUGACACAGUAGAGGGAGAACGAGGAGAGAAACCCACAGGACAGGCCGUGGUAACCUUUAGGCCUCCUCCGCAAGAGCCAUUUUGGUUACAAACUGUCCGUCAUCAUGGUCGGAUUUUAUACCUAUAUCAUGCUAAGCCAUCACCAGCAUUUUCAUAUAGUGAUGGGAAAUCUAGAUUAAAACCAAGUUCGUUUUCGGCACGAAGCCUUGAAUUAGGAAUGUUCCUGAAAAAAGACACCUUCGUAAGCGAGUUCAAGUACACCGAAGAUGUAAAGUUCAUGAUCGAUUACAACAGACGCGACAUUAAGGUUACAUUUUCAAUUUCAAGUUACACCUUCAAACUCGAAAUACAAUUUAAGGAUAUAGUUGAAAAUUUUAUCGAAUGGGACGAAUCAAAUCGUUCGCAUGUGUGUCUUACCAUCGCAAAUAAAUACCCAGCCAGGUAUUGGAUGUUGGAUACAAAAAUGAAGCCUAGAAGUGAAUUUGUUUGGCGACUUAAUGAUUCCUGGAAAAGAAAAACUGAACUCAGCAUUCGGGCACCAUCAGAUGAAGAUAAAGCCUUGCCGCUGCAGUUGAACAUGCCAAAUUUUAGUGAUCAGCUAGGAAAGAUGAUCGUCUUCAGACUUACCUUCAAUCUUGGAACGAAUGCAGAAAUAAGAGAAUUCAAAAACAUGAUUAAAGAGGCUGGUGAAUACAAUCUUGUUCCAAUGUCCGGUGAAAUAGACACGAACCUCCGCCUUAGGGUUAUCUCGGGGAAUACACUGAGGAAACACGUCGAUAGAUCAAUGUUAGAUUUUGAUGUACUUUACAUGACCGAAAGUAAUUUAUCACAUAAUUACUUGCACGACUACAACCUCGGCGAUGAAUUUUAUAAAAUAUUAUUUAGUCAACCAAAAUCGGUUGCGCUUGACAUAAUGGAGAAGAUUUCCGUCACGAAACAACGAGUGUACGAUCCUCUCACCUAUCUCAAGCUCGAGAUCCGCAAUUUCACGGCGCAACAAAGUCGAAAGGUUCCACCAUAUUGUGUUAUGAUGAGAAAGGUGGUCGUUACUCCGACUACAAUGUAUAUACUUCCACCGACUAUGGAAACAUCUAACCGUGUCAUUCGUCAUUUCAAAAGCUAUAAGGAUAAUUUUUUGCGUGUUCAAUUUGUGGAUGAAGCGGCGGGAACCGUUGGCGCAUCUAAUAAUAAUAAAGCCUUAUAUAACAGGAUUUUUAAUAUCCUCGUCAAUGGUAUUAAGAUAGGGGAUCGCAAUUAUGAAUUCUUAGCCUUCUCUUCGAGUCAACUGCGAGAACACUCUUGUUGGUUUUUCGCACCAAUACCAGACUUAACAGCCGACGAUAUCCGAGCGUGGAUGGGGGAUUUUUCAAGUAACAAGAACAUAGCAAAAUACGCUGCUCGCAUGGGUCAAUGUUUCUCCAGCACCCGUGCGAUUUUAACUUUACCCGUCAACGAUAUCAAAGAAAUCCCUGAUAUUAUAAGAAAUGGAUACAACUUUUCCGACGGUACUGGCAAGAUUUCUCAUGCUCUUGCCCAAAAAAUAGCUAUCACUCUAGAACUAAAAACUACUCCGUGCGCCUUCCAAUUCCGUUUGGCAGGAUAUAAAGGCGUUCUUUGCCAAUCACGUUACCUUCGUGGUAUGGGGAUUCAAGUUCGACCGAGUCAACAUAAAUUCGACUCGACUCACAAUGUACUCGAGAUAAUUAGGGGUUCAUGUAUGAUAACCGCUUAUCUCAACCGACAAGCAAUCACCAUCUUGUCGGCACUGGGUGUUCCCAAUGAGGUUUUUGUUGAAAUGAAAGAUGCGCAGGUUCAAGAACUAGAUAAAAUGCUUAAAAGCGAAAGUACUGCUGUCAAAGUUCUACAACAGAACAUUGAUGAAUACGGCAUGACGAAAAUAAUGGCGGAACUUGUUAAAGCAGGAUUUCUUUAUUACAAGGACCCUUAUCUUGUAAAUCUUAUAUCAUUGUUUCGAAUCACGGUAUUAAGAGACCUCAAGAAAAAGGCAAAAAUCCGUGUUUCUGAUGGUGCUUUUUUGCUUGGUGUGUUAGACGAAACCGAAACUUUAGAGGAAGAUCAAAUAUAUUGUUGCAAAUCGGAUCCCAACAAUCCUAACGCGAGACAAGUGAUCAAAGGACCUUGUAUUGUAUUCCGUAAUCCGUGCUUUCACCCCGGAGAUGUUCGUGUUGUUACCGCUGUAGAUUGCAAGAAGCUGGACCACCUUAUUGAUGUACUGGUCUUCCCCGCAAAAGGUUACAGGGACAUCCCAAGUCAACUCAGCGGUGGAGAUUUAGAUGGCGAUGAUUUCACCAUAAUUUAUGAUCCAAAGCUCAUUCCAAAAAUAAAAAAUGUAGAACCCAUGAAUUACGAGGCGCCCAAAGCUGAUACCGUCGAUGAUGUGGCCAUUCAUGACGUAAAGAAAUUCUUUGUAAAUUAUAUUCUUUCUGAUCAAUUGGGUCAGAUUGCGAAUGCUCAUCUAGCCAAUGCAGAUAUUGAGGAAAGUGGUGCUUUCCAUGGCAAAUGUAUUCGUUUGGCACAGUUACAUUCUGCGGCAGUCGAUUUUCCGAAAACUGGAAUUCCAGCAGAAUUUCCACUAGACCUUAAAGUAGAAAAAUUCCCCGAUUUUAUGGAGAAGCCUGACAAGCCGUCAUACGAAUCCAAGAAAGUCCUUGGAAUCCUUUAUAGGUCUAUUUUAGUGGACGAAUUUAACCCUUACGUUGAUAUCUCUUUUGAUGAGCGUCUUUAUGUUGAAGGUUUUGAGCGAUAUUUAGAAAAAGCGCGUACCCUUAAGCGAGCGUAUGACACGGAAUUGCGAGGAUUGAUGAAUCAAUUUGGUGUGUCAUCCGAAUAUGAGGUAUCUAGUGGUUUCAUCGUCAAACCUACUGUAAAGAUCGAAAAAAAGAAACCACGGGAUGUUCAAAAAUCAGUUGCGGAUAACAUAACCGUGAUAAAACGUAAUUAUAAGAAAACAUUUGAGUUAGAAUUUUACGGUGAAGGAAAUUUCAUAUCGCCCGAGGAUGAAAAGAAUAUGGAGGCCAAGGCAUUUGCAUGGUAUUAUGUUACAUACCAUCAAAGUGAGAUUAGUGCUGACCCCUCCGAGAGAAUGAUAUCAUUUCCUUGGAUCAAUUGGGAUAUUUUGGCCAAGGUCGCAAUUAGAAACAGUGGCAGGAGUAGAAAUACACCUGAAAGUUACCGCCCCAAAGCACCGACAGUGACUAUUUCCCCCCAUCUUCAGGAAAGAACGCAUAUAUUAAAUCAUAUCAGCGAUUUCUCUGAGGAGGACGAUGGUAUGAAUCGUCUCCGGGAAAGCCUUAAGAUGGUCAAUUACCGGAAGUGA